AUGUCAUCUCCCGUCUCAGCCGCCGAGUUCCAGCAGCUGAAGGAGGCCUUCAACACCCUCGCCAAACGGAUAGGCAAGGAGAAGGUCAACGACGAAGAGACUGACGAACCCACGGACGAACACGAACCAGAGAAGGACGGGUCGCCUCGAGCGCAGGAAAGAAGCCUUCCCGUAAAUCUGGACGCCCUCGAUCCAGAACUCGAGUCGCAGUUUGACAACAUCAAACACCUCGCCAACGGACACGCCGCCGGCCUUACCAAGUUCCCCUCCAACAAAGGGAACAACUUCAGCAAGGAAGACAAGGCGCACGUCGCGCAACUCCAGAAGUGCUACAAAGCACUCAAGGUGGUCAUCAGGAUCUGCGUCACAGGGGUCAACCGUCACCCCAAGGCCACCAACCACUUCGACACCGCGCUCACCGCCGCCCUCUGGGGCAUCCACAGCAUCCUCACCACCCACCAAGACCUCUACUUCAAAGGGGUCAUGGGCAACAACUUCAAGAUCUGGCGCUCGCUGAACGCCAGAGGCGUCUCGGCCAAAGAACACAAGCUCGCAGUGGAGGCCAUGCAGUUCUCAGCCACCAUCACCAUGGCCAAACCUCGGGGUCACGUCAACACGAGCCUGAACUCAGCCAAGUACACCAACAACAACAACCACCAAUUCAACCCCAGUGGCCAACACCAGAAGAACAGGAGAGGCGGCCGCGGUACGAGCAGUGGGGCCCCUGCUUUGGAAUAA